AUGACGGACAGAAUCGCUCGCAGGGCUCAGGAUUCUGGGGGUAGCGCCUGCGGUGACUUGGGCAAUUACUGCGGCGGCACCUUUGCCGGGCUGCAGGGUAAACUGGAUUACAUCAAGGGCAUGGGGUUUGAUGCCCUCUGGAUUAGCCCAAUUGUCGCGAGCGAGUCUACCGUUUAUCAAGCCCCUUGGAACGUGAAUCUGUACGCGGUCAAUGCUCGGCUCGGCUCGGCCCAGGAUCUGAAGAACUUGAUCAAGGCUGCGCACGACAAGGGCAUGUACGUCAUGGUGGACGUCGUGGCAAACCACGUCGGCCGCGGCAGCAUGGGCAAUAUACAGCCUUCCCCCCUAAACGAAGGCGGUUCCUACCACAACGCAUGUGACAUCGACUACAACAACCAAACCAGCAUCGAGUACUGCCGCAUCGGCAACCUUCCCGAUGUAGAUACCGCAGAUGAUCGCGUCCGAUCCGUCUACAACACGUGGAUCAAGUGGCUCGUAAAUGAGUACGAAUUCGACGGCGUCCGCAUCGACACCGUCAGGCAUGUCGAGAAGGCCUUUUGGCCCGGCUUCUCCUCCGCCGCAGGAGUAUACACCAUCGGCGAAGUCUCUCACGGCGAUCCCAACUACGUAGCUGGUUACGCAGCCCUCAUGUCGGGCUUGGUCAACUAUCCCGUCUACUACCCCCUGUCCAGGUUCUACCAGCAGAAGGGGUCUUCGCAGGAUCUGGUUGACAUGCACAACGCGGUUGGAUCUGCCUUUCCCGACCCUGCUGCCCUGGGCACUUUUCUGGAUAAUCAUGAUACUGCUCGCUUCCUCAGCCAGAAGAACGACGUGUCGCUGCUAAAGAAUGCCCUAACGUACGUUUUUCUGGCAAGGGGAAUCCCCAUCGUUUACUACGGAACGGAACAGUCGUACGCGGGAGGCGGUGAGCCUGCGAACCGUGAGGAUCUCUGGCGAAGCAGCUUCAGGAGCAGCAGCGAUGUGUACAAGUUCUUGGCCAAGAUGGCAGGCAUCAGAAAGGCAGCAGGCGGGUUGUCCAGGGACGACCACGCGCACUUGAUGGUAGAGCCGACGGGAUACGCGUGGAGUCGUGCAAACGGCAGGGUGAUUGCCCUGACGAGUAAUAUUGGGCAGGGCAAGUCACGGCAGUAUUGUAUCUGGAACCAGAAGGCCGGUGAGACGUGGCAUGGAGCCUUUGAUGGAAACAAGUACGUUGUUGACGGAAACGGACAUCUUUGUGCCACGGUGACGAAUGGAGAACCCAUGGUAUUUGUUGCUUCUGUGGGCACAGCUGGUUAUGGAUCUUGUCUGAAGGGGCAUGAGAGCCAGUUGCUGAUGGCUGCCGAGAAAUGUCGAGGGUAA